AUGGCAUCACCCCGGGCGCCGGAGCGGGCGCCGGGGCCGCGGCGGAGCAGGGCGCGGGCGGCGGCGGCCAGGCACCCCGCGGCAGCAGCCCGCAGGAGGCAGCGGGGGCCGAGGGUCUCCGGGCGGCGCCCGCGGGGCGCGGGGGCGCGGGCCACUUUGGGCGCCCGGCGCGGCGGGCCGGCCUGCGGCAGCUUCGCGGGAGCCCCGGCGAGGGAGCGGGCGCCCCCCCGGGCGCGCUCUCCUCCCGGGCGGCGGGGCCCCGCCGCCGGUCCCCGCAGCGCCGCCCGGCGUGGCUCCGCGGCCCGGGACGGGGAGCAGGAGGAGGGAGGGAGGGCAGCUCCUCGCGGCUCCGGCGGAGAGGCCGCGGCUCGGCGGUGCCCGCCGCCGCCCGCUCCCUCGCUGCCUCCCGCGGCGUUCGGCCCGGCCGGGCCGGGCAAGCUGUUGCUCUCGCUCCGAGCGGCGGAGAAAGUCGGCGAGGCGGGCGGGCCGGUGCGGGCAGGCGGGGGCCGCGCCGCCGGGCGCCUCCGCGUCCCGGGGCGAGAGCGGCAGAGACAGCGGCGUCCCGGCGGCGGCGCGGGGGAGGAUCGGCCGGCGGCGGGACCCCACCGCGGGCGGGGAGCGCGGCCGGCCCGGGCGGGGCAGCGCAGACGAGCCGCCGGGUGUCCCCCCGAGGGGGCAGCGGGGCCCGACACGCCGCUCCGGCGCUUCCGCCGUGUCCCGGCCUCGAGCGGCGGCGAGACAGCAGAUCCCAGGGGCAGCGGCGGGCCUGCCCUUCCCGCGGGCUCCCCCACGGCCCCCGUCAGCCCCGGCCCCGGCGCGGUGCGGCCGGAGCGCAGCGGUGCCGCCGCUCGGUGCCCGCGCUGCGCCGAGACAGCGAUGCUCCCCCUGCCGAGCGCGGCCCUUUUACGCCCCGCCGCAUCAAGGCGCGGCCGCACCGCGCUGCCCGCCCGGCCACCCGCUUUGCCCGUGGGUUAUCGCCCGUGGGUUAUCGUCCGUGCUCGGCGGCGACCCCCGGCCACCCCCAGGACUCCCCCGCACACCCGGUCCCCUGCUGCGGGCAGCCCCGCCCGUGCCGCUCCUGGUCGGCAGCUCCCGCUGUCCCCCCUGGAUGCCCCGGGAGCAGGAUGA